AUGUUCAAGGACAUUCUACAGCCCAACAAUCAGCAGGCGGACGCAACCGUUGAGUCUUUAUCAUCCGGUGCGUCACUUCCUCUACCAUUGAUGGGAUAUUUGUACCAUCACUUCGUGCACAGCAUGCUUUGCAGUGACUCUAUUUUGAGGUUUAAAGAGCAUACAGGGGAGUUGGAAGAACAGCCAAGACCACCAAUUUAUGUCAAUGGCGACAGCAGCCUCCAGGACGUGGAAGAGGCGGUGUUGCAAAUGCAAGAAGAUACGAAGGACUUGAAGCUGGAGCGUGAGCCGGCGACGUCGUGA